GCAAAAAACCCUAACCUUAGUGUCUAAGACCCCUUUUCCAUUCUGUUGUAAACAAUAAAGAUAGCUUUAGUGUGUUGGCCAGCGCAUAUAUCUUAAUAUCAAAACCAGCAAUUUGUUUUAGGGCAUUCUCGAUCAAGUUCAAGAAAUUAAAUCCAAAACUAGUGUGGGAUGCUUUUAAAGUGACUCAACAUGUUGUCCCUACCAAGGCUCCUCAUUGACCAGAUGAGAAUCUUGCAUAUGUUCGCUCAACUUUUAUCUAGUGUCAUAGUUUAACUAAUUUUCCUAACAUUAAGGGUUGGAAUUAGAUUGGUCUAAUUUAAAGUCAAGUUCGAUGCGGGUGUCAAUUUCAUAGAUACAAUCUGAUUGAACAAUUCCUUGAUGGAGUUAGCCAGUCUUGUUGUGCCAAGUGAUGACUAAAACAGGUUUGCUCUAUUUAUGUAACACUUGCGAUCUAACAAGAAAUCUAGACCUAGAUUUGUAGCUCAACCUACUCCAAGAGUUCGAGAUCUAAGCCCGACUGGAUUUGCUUUGGGUUGACUCACUAACACCUGUACUAAUACAUGCAGUUGAUGAAAUAGUUAGGUCCAAUCUCUAGCUUUGGCUAACCAUAGUUUGUCCCUUCUUAACUUGAUUUUUUAUGUUUCUUGACACUAGGAGAAUUUUGUUUACUUUGUGUCUACAUCAAAAACCGCCUUCCCACAUCACCACUCCCCUCCACCGCCUCCUUUUCCACUUUUAAAACUAAACCCACAAGCUCCUAUCCCCUCAUCACCACCCUCUUAAGCCUUGCUAAAACCCACAAGCUCCUAUUCCCUCACCACUCUCUAAGCCUUCUCCAAUCACCGUCUUCCCUCUUCAUGGUUUGUCCCUUCUUGACUUGGUUUUCUCUGUUUCUAGGAGAAUUUUGUAUGCUUUGUGUCUACAUCAAAGCCGCCUUCCCACAUCACCACCCCCAUCCACCCCCUCCUUUCCACUUUUAAAGCUAAACCCACAAGCUGCUAUUCCCUCACCGCUCUCUAAUUAAGCCUUCUCCAAUCACCGUCUUCCCUCUUGUCUUCUCCUAUCUCCAUGAAAGGAAGAAGGAACCACCGCCUUAGCCCUGUCGGAAGCCCACCUUCCGACACCGAGUCUGGUGGUGCAGUCGCCGCCGGUCAUGGCCUCGACUCCUCCCUGAAGGAGCAAGACCGCUUCCUCCCCAUCGCCAACGUGAGUCGCAUCAUGAAACGGUCUCUCCCCGCCAACGCCAAGAUAUCGAAGGAAGCUAAGGAGACGGUGCAGGAGUGCGUAUCGGAGUUCAUCAGCUUCAUCACAGGCGAGGCCUCCGACAAGUGCCAGAAGGAGAAGAGGAAGACCAUCAACGGGGACGACCUUCUCUGGGCCAUGACCACCCUCGGCUUUGAGAACUACAUAGAGCCCCUCAAGGUCUACCUCAACAGGUACCGGGAGACCGAGGGUGAGAAGAAUUCCAUGGCGAGGCAGGGUGACCAGUCCCCAAAUGAGGAGGGGAGCCACAACCCAAGUUCUUAUCAUGGUGCAAGUGGUGUUAGUCCAAUGGCUAAUCGUAAUACUGUGACUUCCAACGCUACCCUUAUGGGCUUUCCUGGCGGGUUUUACUCUGCCGGGCCAUCUGCGGCUCCACAGGGCUUCGGAGGGGGAGGAGGAAGGAUGAUGGGGUUUGGAGAGCACUACAAGAUAUCACUUCUUUCCCCUCGCUGGAAGAUGAUACCAAAAUAUUGGGUUUCUAAGGCUGUCGGCUGGUAGAGCACUGGACCACGUGAAGUCCACUCGUUGUUAGUACAAGUAUCUUAACUAAGAGAUGCCGGCCGGAAUCAUACGUCAACGUCCUCAAGCUCAUAGUUCCAGUGGACGUGUCGACUUUAUAGUUUUAAAAGAGGUUAUAUUUCCACUUUGUUGAAAGUUGUUUGGCUUAUUGUAGUAAUUGAGGUCUUUCGUGGCAUAUAAAAAUCUAUCACAUACUCGGGUUGUAAUAAUUUAGG